AUGGAGAAAAUCAUUUUUGUUUCGCUGCUAGCAACUGCUCUAGCUGCCCCAGAAUAUUACGUUCCCCUGGCUAAGUCUACGCUAACAACAAGUAGCCAAACAGUGGACCAUGGAAGCAGCCAUAUUAUCCACGCGCCUCUGAUGGUUCCCCUGGCGAAGACAACAUCAACGCAAAGCAACCACGUGGUGAACCACGGAGGUACAGCUGUGUAUCACGCCCCCCUGCACCAAAUAACCACUGUGGAACACCACCCCAUUGUAUUCCCGGCAACUUCCAUCUACUCCUAUAAGACCCCGGAUUCCGCCAUUACACAUCACACCUCGGAAGUACACGAGACUGUACCGUACUAUGCUUAUCAUUAA